AUCGGGUUGCCUGUCUUGGCUACAGCACGAGGGUCUCCCUAACCUGUUCUGAUCCUGUGUGACAGCAGCUCGGUGAGUGGGAGGAUCGGACUACUCCUCCCCAGCAACACAAAAAGCAGCUUGACAGCCAGAGGAGAGCAGCCACACAGCAACGGAGGGCGAUAGCAGCAACUCCCGGCCACCUGGGACAUGACAAGUCCCGGCUAUCCUGGCGGGGCACAGGGGGAGAGGAAAGGCUUGGCCUGGGGUGGGGGGCAGCGGCUGCUAGGGGGUAAGGUAGAAGGAAUCGGAGGCAGGUGGCACUGGGAAAACAGCAUGGUAGGGAGAUCAAGAUGAAGUGGAGGAGGAGGAGCAGGGAGGGGGGUAUCCAUCCAUCAGUGUGCUGUAUAAUAUUACCAUCUGGCUAAAACCAAGCGAUGAAGAAACAGUGCACUCACAAGACUCAUCACUGCUCGGCCCUACAUCUGCAGCGGAGAGCCGUCAGUGCCAUGCUGGAAGAAGAAGCGAUCGUCUCACUGUCACCAUUUUCUUUUUUUUUUCCUUUCCCACUGCGAUCGCCCUGUUCGGAUUAAUUGAUGCCUCUGCCCUCCUGCCCCCGAGCCAAGCACCGAUCAUGGGCUGUCUCCAGAGCAUUACCUGCAAGUCCCGCAUCAGGAGGGAGAACAUUACUGUGUACGAUGUGUGUGCCACCAUAGACCAGUGCCCUACCUCCAUCGAGGAGAACUCGCCGAUUGUCUUAAGAUACAAGACCCCCUACUUCAAAGCCUCGGCUCGUGUGCUAAUGCCACCCUUACCCAGGAACGAGACUUGGGUGGUAGGAUGGAUACAAGCCUGCAACCAAAUGGAAUUCUUCAACAUCUACAGCGACCUGGGAAUGUCCAGCUGGGAGCUUCCUGAUCUGAGAGAAGGAAGGGUAAAAGCCAUCAGUGACUCAGAUGGCGUAAGCUAUCCUUGGUAUGGAAACACCACAGAAACUGUGACCUUAAUAGGUCCUACCAACAAAAUGUCCAGGUUUUCCGUCAGCAUGAAUGACAACUUUUACCCUAGUGUGACGUGGGCAGUGCCUGUCAGUGAAAGCAAUGUGCCCUUACUCACAAGAAUCAAAAGAGACCAAAGUUUUACAACAUGGUUGGUAGCAAUGAACAUGAACACCAAGGAAAAGAUCAUUUUACAGACAAUAAAAUGGAGGAUGAGGGUAGAUAUUGAGGUGGAUCCUUCUCAGGUGUUGGGUAAACGGGCCAGAUUGGUGGGUAGGACUCAGCAGGAGCAGCCAAGAAUAUUAAGCCGCAUGGAGCCAAUCCCAACCAAUGCACUGGUAAAACCUAAUGCUAAUGAUGCACAGGUGCUAAUGUGGAGACCGAAAAGGGGACAGCCUGUAAUUGUUAUUCCUCCGAAAUAGGAUCUGCAAUGGUUUGAUUAAAGAGUGCUCCAAAUGAAGACGUUUUAAAGCUAUUUACAGCUUUGAAGACAAUGCAUGGGGUCAAAGAGACUAAAAACUUUUAGAAGUAUUUAUUUCAUGUGCGCAUUUUUUGAAAGUGAACAAAAGUUUUAUACAGUCUAUUUAUUUAAAUAUUACUGUUUUUAGUGCCUGUGGCCAAAAAAAGCAGUAAAAAAAAAUCGGCACAGCAGGAGCAUCAGUGUAUUGGUCAAACAUUUAAUCCCUUUUAUCAAGUUUGUUUGAAUUUCCAAAUAACAUUUCAGUUUCAUGUAUUUCCAA